AUGGCUGCGUUAAUAGCACCUACUGAUGACAUGGAGAUGGAAAAAAUUGCUGAGGAUGAACUGUCCAAGUUACAGAGACAGUUCAGGGUGAUGGAGAUAGACCGUGCUACGGUGCUGAGCAGCGUGCAGCCGACCCUCAGAAUGCAGAAGAACAUCAUCAAUACCUUGAAUGCUGACUUAGAGAAGAUCAUGCUGGAACUCAAGUUCACCAAGAGCACGUCCAAUCUUAUGGAAGGUGCAAAAAAUCGCGAGAAGCUGAUCACUCUUCUAAAAGACCACGAGAAGUAUUCGAGCGAGGUAAAAGACCAUCGGGAGAACAUAAAAGAACUGGACUUUUUGCUGAAGCAAGUGCAGAAGGAAAUCAAGUCGCUAAGGUCCAAAGUUACGGGCUCGGAAAUUGCGUACUCCAACGUCCUGACUGGUCAGACACUGAUCAGUCAACUCGAGAACCGACUGGAUACUGCGAUGAAGAAGUUCAAUACAGUGAACAGCGAGAAUUACUCCAUGAGAUUGGAAAUAGAUAGACUGCUAAGGGAUCGGCAAUUCUUCAACACCCACUGGAAGAAUCAGUUAAAGCGUCUUAUGGAUGGCAAGGCGAUGAUCAUAGAACUGCUGGAGCAGGCCAUCUCCACUUAUGACCAGCGAGAAGAGUGGUGCUCCAAGCUGGAUGCCCUCAAAGAGAAGGCAGCUACUGACUAUAGAAAACAUUGUUUGGCCGAGGGCGCGGUGAUUUAUUGCGCUUGCCCCACAACCCCGGCUGAACAUCAGCCUUAUAGGGCCCUGUCUGUAGUGGUCAAUUGGCGAGCGCAGAACGCGACGCGCCACCACAGCAUGAAGCUAGAAGAGUUCCUCCGUACCAAGGGCACGGUGCGACUGACAGCAGCCGACGCGAAGGCUGAAGCCAAGAAAUUGGAGCAACAGGAAGAAGAAAUGAGGAUCUACAACAACUAUGUUAACAUACUGGAUGCUUUGAAGGAGUUCGCUGGCGAAGAUGACGUGGACAAACUCAUCCAGGAAUUCACACGCCGCGAGGAAGAAAACUACGCUCUGUUUAACUAUAUUAACGAAGUGUGCACUGAGCUCAAAAACCUUAGCGAUAAUGUUAAGAUGUUGAGAGCUAAUAUUGAGGAAGAAACAGCCAAGCAUCAAGCGAAGCUCUUCCAGCAGCAGGACAGCAUUGAGUCACUGCGCAGUACCUUAGAAGAGAAGCGUCAAGCUAAUACCGACGCGCGCGCCACCUGUGAGAGAAGCUCGCAAGUUCUUGCCACUUUGCUACAGCAGAUACAUGCGCUUGCGCUGAUGCCAAACAAGAAGACGAAUUACCUGAUGGUAAGCAAUGGGCCUUUGGAGACCCGUAACAUCGGAGUUACGAGUGCGAUGCCAGCCUAUUGGCAAAUUAGAGGUUUACGGAUUGGGGAGGAAUUGGCGAAACACAAAGUUGUGUGUGGGAGGUUACUGGGAGCCGGUUUUCGGACAUCUGACUGUGAUUCCCUACCCCUACUUAAGCUGUUGGGCAAAGCAUUUGACAUCAACGUGACGAACGCGCGCCUCUACAUCAAGAGCUUGGAGAAGAAAGUACUGGAGAUCAUCGAUAUCAUCAGGAUUGAUGAGUUGAUCCAGCGUCAGACAGAAUCGAAGGAGAGAACUCCACCAUCGACUAGGCGCCGCCGUGGUCGCGCCGCUCCUCCCACAAGGACCAGGGACUCAGUCGCUGCACAAGCUUAA